AGGUUGAGGUGAGGUACUUACAGGAGUAGAAGUAAUUUGCAACGUUACAGCACAGUGAUCUGCCACCACCUCCACAGAAGUCACACAGUCCUCAGGGUCAAAGUUUAUCGCAGCACUAUCGAGACAAGCAAUCCCCCUCGUGGGUUGGAAAUUAGUCAGGUUGGAUUGCUGAGCAGCAUGGGUGAAAGAUUUCUACAACAGUACAUCUACAGUAGAUGUAACUAGUAACUAGGAGGAUGGUGGUUGAACUAAUUGCUACAACAUUUUUCCAUUCAGAAAAAAAUAUUGGGACCGAGCAAGGCUAAACCAAACAAAUGCAAAUGCAAAUGUUGGUGUACGAGGCUGCUGGGCUGGCCAAUGCUGACAGUUUUAUCCGACAGUUCCCUGAUGGCUACAGUACCAUUCUGGGGGAGAGAGGAGUUACCGUGUCUGGGGGCCAGACACAGAGGAUAGCUAUCGCCCGCGCUCUACUGAAAAUCCCAUCCAUCCUCAUACUAGACGAGGCUACCAGGUGUACGAGGCUGCUGGGCUGGCCAAUGCUGACAGUUUUAUCCGACAGUUCCCUGAUGGCUACAGUACCAUUCUGGGGGAGAGAGGAGUUACCGGGUCUGGGGGCCAGACACAGAGGAUAGCUAUCGCCCGCGCUCUACUGAAAAUCCCAUCCAUCCUCAUACUAGACGAGGCUACCAGGUGUACGAGGCUGCUGGGCUGGCCAAUGCUGACAGUUUUAUCCGACAGUUCCCUGAUGGCUACAGUACCAUUCUGGGGGAGAGAGGAGUUACCGUGUCUGGGGGCCAGACACAGAGGAUAGCUAUCGCCCGCGCUCUACUGAAAAUCCCAUCCAUCCUCAUACUAGACGAGGCUACCAGGUGUACGAGGCUGCUGGGCUGGCCAAUGCUGACAGUUUUAUCCGACAGUUCCCUGAUGGCUA